UUCCUCUUGAUAAAUAAAUGCUCUUUCAGUCAAAACAAAGGUGUUAUUUUGAAUAUGACCAGCAGGGGGCAAACUUCACCCAGGAAUUGCCUCGUAACGCACACUACCUUCUAUUUGAUGGGGCUCAGCCGUCUACAAACAGGACGUGGACAUCAAUUUUCCUCUUCCUGCUAAACACCUCAUUGAUUCUGCUGGCAGGAGCUAAGUCCGGUCUGAUAUGACCUGAAAUGCCAAAGUGCCAAAAUGUGGGUGCUGGGGAGUUCUUGUUCAUCUUUAAAAGAAGGGAAAAAAAUAACAUUACGUACAAAUAUAUUCUGGACACUAAGCACAUGAAUAGCAAGAACUAGGAACCAAGGGAGAAAAAGAGUGGAGGUUUCAACUUCCAGGAGAGAGUUCGGUGAGGAGAAAGCUCUUGGCCAAGGAAAACUUCAGCUCACAUGAAAUAUCUGGCUUUUUGUCAGAAGUGUAGGUGCGGGGAUAUCUUAGAGCAGAGGGACCCAGUGAACCAGUCUGCUGUCCCUGAUACCAAAUGCACAUUGUUGCCAGAGUUCCAGGGGUAAACUUCUCCUUGCUCAGAUUUGAGUUUUCACAGCAAACACUCAUUGGCGGGUCACGUGAUUAUAAAGUAGCGCCUUGAUUUUGGAUGUGCUAGUGACAUGUUACAUGAUCUGGACAAAGUACCUCCUCUUUCUCAUGUGUUGGUAAAAUUUACCUCAAAGAGGUUUAGAGGCACUUGUGAGAUUUUGAUGGGAGUUUAAAACUAUGAGAUUUGAAAACCUUGCAAGACAACGGUGUUUUGACUUCUUUUCCUCCAGAGGAGUAAUAUAUUUUGGAAACUUAAAGUAGCUUUGGGUCCAGCUUAGCUGGUAACCGAUUCCUGCUCUUUCCCUCACCAGGUGUUUCUUUUUGAAUUUGGCCCCUGGCUGCUGAGAUCUUCUUGUCAUGGGAGCCCUGUGAGCUUGUCACUGGAGCUUUUGCUGUUUUUCUCACCGGCAACAAGUUGCAGUAGUCACCAUUUGUCCAAAGCCUUUACAUGCCUUUCUGGGUCAGACGCUGUGGUCCAUGGGGGAUGGACUAGCAGAGGGCCUUCCACUGGGACAGCCAGGGCUGCAGACACCUGGCACUUUGGUCUAUUUUAAGCGUGUUCUGUCUUGCAGCAGGGAGGUGAGUCUAGGGUCCAGUAUGUGCCAUGGAUAUUAAGAGACUUCAAGGACACUUCCCCCCAUUUAUCCCAGUUAUGUCCCCUGCUAAAAUAGGUUAAUGGUGUCUAAUUAACCACUGAACAUUGUCAUGCUGCAUAAAGAUAGCAUCCUGGCUGUUCUCUGAGCCAUGGUACUUUAUCUCCAUUUAGAUCUCUGCAGUAUUCCAUUAAACUCGAGAGAAACAUUUUAACUGAGAUGAUGUCUACAUUAGAGCUGCCUUUCACCCUUCAGCACGCAACCUGCAGAAACCUUCUGUCUGCUGCAGUGGGGAGGACAGAGAAGACAGACUCUGCAGGUGGGGGGCAGUGGAGGGGUUAUGUUACAGCAUUUCUUCACCACGGAGCCCCAGAUCCAGGACGCAGCAGUGGGCCCGCGUGGCUGCGGUCACAGGGUGUGCCGGUGUGAUCAAGCUUGUCCUCAGCUGACCAUCUCAUGCCCAUCAAAUGUCAUUGGCUUCUAAAUGCUAAAAGAAAGGGACAGCAUGUGAGCAAAAGAACUUAGGAGAGUUCAUGGAGGAAAGGUGACUUAACUGGGUGGGAUCUCAUUUUGCCAUAACACAAGUUGUCAUGUUGUAAAUAAAACAUACAUAAUAAAUCACACAGAACAAUUAAACCAACAUUAACUACCAAAUUGUCAGGCCUGGCAAAGCUAUAGUGCUACUGUAAGUUGAAAAUAUAUCCUCAUCAUGGAAAGUAUUAAUUGGAUGUGAAGCAGAGUCUAUAGAAUGAAGAUUUCCCACAGUGUGGAACUACCCAAGUGUCUGUAUUGUGUAGGGGUUAAGAACUGGACUCUGAUGCCAGACAGCCUAGAGCUUGUAUUCUGGCCCUACAGCUUUCUAGCUGGGCGACCUUAGGCAAGUUACUUUUCCUCUCUGAGCUCCAGUUUCCUCAUCUGUAAAACAGAGCCAAUAAAAUAAAAGAGUAUGAUAAUUAAGUAAUAGAUAAUACUAUAUAUAAUAUAUAUUGUUAUUUUUAGUAAUAUAUGUAAAUGAGAGAAUAUAAUAAAAGUACCUGACAUCCAACAAGCCAAGUAAAUGUUAGCUGUGGAUAUAACCCAUCAGCCUUCCUAUGCCAGGCUUGUAGGGGCUGGGGGCUGGUAGUGACUUUCCCCUGAGAAUUGAAGGUGGAUACAUGAUUCCAUGGAGGGGAAACCUGCCGCAGGUCCUUGAGAAGCAGGGAGGUGGUGGUGGGUGGGGGAUGCUGUGAAAACCAGGAGGGACUGGUUGAGUGUUCACCUGAAGGACUGGGCUUUAAAUGAAGGUAGGAAUACCAAGGUAGUGCCCUUAACCUCAAAGUUCUCCACCUGAGAACCUGAUGUUUAAAGAAUGGCCUGCUGAGCAUUUUUAGUGAUUGCAAAGGGCCACACAGAGAUGGCUCUGGUUUCCCUUUGCCAGGUCACUGGCCAGGCCCUGUGCAUCAUUUUCUGGAAACAGGAAGCCAGAGAGUGCUUACUUCUGUCACCCUAUCUCCACAAGGUGGGAGGUGAGAGGGAACGUUUAACUCUCAUUGUCCAGAGUUAAACUUGAUUCUGCAAAAUGGCCAAAGCAAUCAGCAAGUGAUGGACUAGCUUUUAAAAAGAAAUUUGGCAUUUAAUUAACUUCUCAAAGUGCUGGUUCAGCAACCUCUAUGUUUUACAUUCUGAAUAUGGAACAAGCAUCUCUAAUCGGAUCUGAAUCACUUCUGGGCCUACCAGGAUGGAGAACACCUGAUUAGCUUUUACAAAUGCCAUGGGCUCUUGUCUGAAUUUUGGGCUAGCCAACUUAGGAUCACUCAGGAAUGGAGGCUUCAGUUUGUAAAGAUUUUUCCUUCCUCCUCUCAGCUUUUAUUUGUGUUAAGUCAGAGUUCAUUAACACUUUAUUUGAGGAAAGCAGGCAAUCUAGAAGGGUAAGGCAGAAAGGCUUCCGUUUUCCCACUUAGCAGCUGGAGAAUUCAGCCUCCUGUCUGAAAUAAGUUUUAGGGCAGUGCUUCUCAUAGUGUGACUGGGUCCCACUUCUGGAAAUGACUACCUCCCUCAGAGGGCCAGGGCACAUGGACACUGGAAAAGCUUCCCUGUGUGAUUCUGCUGUGUACCACUGGUUAAGAGCUACUGGUUCACAGGAUUCUUCCCAACUUUCAAUUCUCUGUCUAUACCAUUUAUUGCCUUCCGUAAGUAUGGAAAGUCAGGAAUGGACCAUCUGCAUAGAUGUCUGGGUGCCCCAGGGAUAUCUGAAAACCAGCGGUAUCUGCUUUUGAAAAGGUUUGGGGUGUAUAUUGACAUCCAGGGUGGAAGUUGGGGGAUGAGGACUCUCCUUUUAGCCUCAUCACUCACUAGCUCUGUGAUGCGGUGACACAGCUGGCACGGUGCCCCAUGGCCCUGUGUAUAAAGGUGCCGCUGAACCCUGCUCUUGCUCUUCUAUGGACCUCAGCUGAGCUAGUGUGGAUGGACGGACUGAAAAAUGCUCUGCCUGUGUGAGGCAUCUCCCCAAAGUUAUCAUCACCAGGUUCCUAAGCCCUCUAACAGCCUCUUCUGGGGUGAGAGGCAUGUGGGCUGGCAUGCGGUGAGAAUGCCCGUGGCAGAGCCACUACAGCUCUGCAGACAGCCUGCCGCGGGCUGGGCCAGGUCACCUGGUUUCCUCAGCGGGAUGUAAGCACGAGGUGACCCUGAACUCACAGCCUCCACCCUCAACGAUCUGUGGAAGGCAGGACUUCAACCCCAAGUCCUUCUUUGGUUACCUGCCCUGUUGGGCUGUGGUCUACCACUGUGUUUGCAGUUUUUUUAACCUGUCACCAAUAAUUUGAAAAUAUAUUGUGCAUGAUGACUGGGUAUGUCCGUAUAUAAAACCAGAAAAAAAUUCUUGUAAAUCUUAUUCUUACUAUUUGCAGCACACUCUUUUCUACUCUAGGCUAUUGAAAAAAGGUAAGAAAGGCUGGUGGUGAUCCACUAAAUUGAUUUUGUGACUCACUAGUGGGCCAUGACCUGUAGUGUGAAAAUCACUGAGCUAGAUUCUGUGUCCUUUUGACAGGCUGUGUGUCAUUGUGUGACUAGAGGUGCCUUUGGGGCCAGCCAGGUAAAGUAAAUCUGUGAAGUGGGGUUUUAUUUUAGGAGAGCUCUUUAAUUAUAUUACUAAGAUACAUACACAAAUUAUUUGCAUAUUCACACUUCUGUAAAGAAAUACGCUUUCUACCAAUUGUCUUCAAACAUGCCCACUCAGUCUCCCAUUUGCUUUCUCACUUUUGGUAGCUGCUUAGCUGCAGGAAAUGACUUGAGUUGCCUCGUAACUUGUCUAAGAAAAGCAGCAGGCAAGCUUAAUGAUGGAGAGCUGGUACCGAAGCCCUCAGGGUCCAGGAAGCUGGGAGCCCCACUCCUCCAGCGGGAGCUGCCGCAGCUCGGCUCCCCAGUUUUCUGUGUGGGAAUUGCAGGUCCAGUGUUGCCAGGCUUUGUAUCUGAAGAGUUCAGAAAUCUGGAUUUUGUACAGGAUCUCCCAGUUUCACACUAAAACAGCAGUGUGGUCCAGACAAAACUUAUAUGCCAGCUAGAUGGGGCGGGUAGUGGCAGGUUUUAUCACAGGCGGGUGGGCGGUGCCAUUUCUCCAGGGCUUUGCCCAGGGUCCCUCUAGCCUUUCCAUCUCCCAGGUAGAAGGCUCCCCCGGAACCUGCUGUAUCUGGCAGAGAGAGAGACAGAUACAUGGAGACAGAACACCACCUGAGGGCUCCGUUCUGAUCUUGCUCCUUUCCUUGCGGUCAGGAAGGAGGGCUUCUGAAGAAAUAGAAGAUUACCGCCUCAGACAGCAGAGCCUGGAUGGAUCAGAUGACAGAGAAGAUAUUCCUGUUAUUCCAGAUCUGGAAGAAAUGCAGGAAGAAGACUUUGUUUUGCAGGUGGCAGCCCCUCCCAGCAGCCAGGUAAGCUGGGUGAUGACCUACCGUGACCUGGACAAUGACCUCAUGAAGUGCCCAGCCUUUCAGACCUUGGAUGGAGAGAUUGACCUGAAGCUCCUCACCAAAGUCCUCGUGCCAGAGCAUGAAGUUCGAGAGGAUGACAUCAGCUGGGACUGGGACCAUCUGUACACGGAGGUGUCCUCAGAGCUCCUCGCCGAGUGGGACCUGCUGCAGACAGAGAAGGAGGACCCUGUGGGACAGCCUGCACACACCUGAGUGCUUGGGGGAUGGCAGACUGCACUCUCCCUGCACAGAGUAAUCUCUGCUUUGGACUUCUAAGCCUAAAGCUAAAGAAGCUUGAAGGCAGCUUUUAAUUCUUAUAUGCAAUAUUUUAUAAUAAAAGCAUUUAUUAGAAGACCACAUUGGAUCAUUCAGUCUUAAUAAAUUGCUUUACUCUGUG